UACUCAUAAAAUUGUAAGAAACAAAAAAUCAGCUUAUUAAUUUGGAGAUCCACUAAAUUCAAGAAGAAAAAAACAUGUCAAGAGAUCCACUAAUAGUUUCUGGAGUUGUAGGAGAUGUUGUGGAUCCAUUCACAAGGUGUGUAGACUUUGGUGUAGUUUACAACAAUAGGGCCGUCUACAAUGGAUGUGCCUUGAAGCCUUCACAAGUUGUCAACCAACCUAGGGUUGACAUUGGUGGAGGCGCCAUUCACACUUUUUACACUCUGAUUAUGGUGGAUCCUGAUGCUCCAAACCCUAGUAAUCCAAACUUGAGGGAAUAUCUGCACUGGCUGGUCACAGAUAUCCCAGCAGCCACAGGGGCAACCUUUGGCAAUGAAGUCGUACGCUACGAGAGCCCACGUCCAUUGAUGGGUAUCCAUCGCUAUAUUUUCGUGUUGUUCCGGCAAUUGGGACGAGAGGUCAUCAAUGCGCCAGACAUAAUUGAUUCUCGUCAAAAUUUUAACACAAGAGACUUUGCGAGGUUUCAUAAUCUUGGUUCGCCUGUUGCUGCUAUUUACUUCAAUUGCAAUAGGGAGAGUGGUACCGGUGGCCGUCGCCUAUAAAUUUCAUUUAUACAUUUGAAUUAAGUCUUGUUACAAUUGAAAAUCUCAGCUCCUAAUAAGGUGUUACAGUUAGAUAUUUUUGAUUCAAAUUUUUAAGAAAAAAAUUGCGCGUAUUUUCAUUCGUUCAUUAGAUAGUUAUGUUAAUCACAAAAAAUAUGUCAUCUCUUUUAAUUAUAUAUAUGCAUUCACCCUCAAAUAGAAAAUGUCUAGGCUUUUACAACUUAUUGAGGCGAAUGCGUGUAAUUAAAAAAAAGGACAUAUUUUAUGUGGUUAAUUUAACUACCUAAUAAAACAAAUGAGAACACAAACAAAAAGAAAUUCUAAAAUUUGAAUUAAAAGUUUCUAAUUGAAAUAUUUUAUUAGGAAUUGAUAUAUGUAAUUGAAACUUGGCUUAGUUUGAAUGUUGAAAUAUGAUAUUAUGACAAGUUUAAGGAUUAAUUAUUAUUAAAACCUACCUAAAAAAUAAACUGUGUCUUCUAAAUUUUAUUACUGAUCAAAUGGAGGAGUCUACCUGUAAAAGUUUAGAUACUCAUAUUAUAUCUACUGCUAAGGUUUGGGCUUGUUAUUAUUAAAUUAUUAUAGUUCAAUUCAAUUCUAUUUAAUAUAGUCAUUCAUGCAU